UCUAGUAAUAACAGCCGCAUUUUCUUUUCCUCGCUUUCUCUCUCAAAAAGCAAUAAACCCCCCUUCGAUUUUUUCUUUUUUCUCAAUGGUCUCCAAAAACCCAAACCCCUCAGAGGGCUUCUACUUGGAUCCCCCUGGCAUGGCGCUUCCUGGCCUUGGCCCCUUCGCCUCCGUCACCGCCGCUGCGACUACCACCACCGCCUCCAACGCUAAUUCAUCGGACGACCCUUCGAAGAAGAUCCGUAAGCCGUACACUAUAACCAAGUCCAGGGAGAGCUGGAGCGAGCCCGAGCACGACAAAUUCCUCGAAGCCCUCCAACUUUUUGACCGUGACUGGAAAAAGAUUGAAGCAUUUGUUGGAUCAAAGACAGUUAUACAGAUACGCAGCCAUGCACAGAAAUACUUUCUAAAAGUUCAGAAGAGUGGAGCAAAUGAACAUCUACCUCCGCCCAGGCCAAAAAGAAAGGCUGCCCAUCCAUAUCCUCAGAAAGCUUCCAAAAAUGCUCUGAUACACUCUCAAAUAUCAGGAUCCUUUCAAUCUUCAUCUCCUAUGGUUGAACCUGCAUAUAUGAUAAAGCCUGAUCCCUCAGCAAUGAUCAAAACUCCAGUCACUAAUGCUGCAGUGUCUUCAUGGUCAAACAACACUUUGCAGACAACCAAUUUACUGCAUGGUCCCAGAAUGAAUAAUAGUUGCAGUAGCAGUGAAAGCACUCAGAGAGCACGGCCAAUUGGUGUAUCUACUGGUCAAGGGAAUAACAGUCAUUCAUUGAGAGUUCUGCCAGACUUUGCUCAAGUAUACAAGUUCAUUGGCAGUGUAUUUGACCCAAAAGCUGCUGGGCAUCUGCAGAAACUAAAAAAGAUGGACCCUAUAGAUGUCGAGACGGUACUACUAUUGAUGAGAAACCUGUCUAUCAAUUUAGCAAGCCCAGAUUUUGAGGAUCAUAGAAGGUUGCUCUCUUCUUAUGAGGCGGAACCAGAGACAAUGUAGGCAUGCAGCUAUCUCAAUGCGGAAGGACCGGAUGCAGCAAGCAGUUGAAGAGUGCUAUACUUCAACGGAGGUGGUGAAGUCAGGAAAUGUCUCCCUUUUCUCUGCUAUGACUUGCAUUGUCAAUGGUUGUCCAUGAUUAUUGCAGGAUGAGGUAAAAGUAUGCCAGGGAAGGGCAACAGGCUGAGAGGGUACAGCUUCAGUCAAUUAUGAUACCGCUUUAUUUGUAAUUGCUGCUGCUGCUCAACUCAGCUAACCCAGGCCUUUAUUCUCCAUUCAUUUUCCUGCCAUACUGUACAUAAUAAAAAUAUAAAACUGCAUUACAAGAAUAAUAAUGUUGCGAGAAUGUAUAGUCUAUAUAGUAUUGUGUAGGUCUGUACAGUUCCAAAUCUUUUAAUUUUUUUUGGACUAGUACAGUACCAAUUCUGUGUAUGAGCUUACCAUACUUAAAAUACCCUCUCUGUGAGGGAAGUUAUGUUGCAAACUUAA